AUGUCCGCCUCACCUCCGUCUUUAGAGAGCCUCCCGUGGGAUAUUACAAGAAUCAUCUUUCGCGACCUCGUCCCUCAGGAGCCGCAGCCAUACCCUCCCGAUUUGGAGGGCGAGUUGAAUCGUCGCCUUACACGGUUGGCCUCGGUUAACCGAGCAUGGCAGGCGUAUUUUGAACCCUUCAACUUUGAGUCUCUCGGACUUACCAGCGAUUCCCUUCUCCAGUUCCAGUCCUACGUCAAUUAUGACCGUGUGACCUUCGUCAAGAAGAUUCACCUGCAUGUAUGGCUUCGCCACAAGAACCCCCUUAGUUAUGCAGACGUACAAGAAAACAAUACGCUGUUCACCCGCGCACUCGACACGCUCUUCAGAGCUAUGGGGUAUUGGCCCGCGAGUCUCUCUCGCCACUUGCAACUCAGCGUGGCCGUGCGCACGCCUCUAGUGAACGACAAGGCUUUCUUCAUCGCCAGAAAGCACCCUGCAUGGUCCGAGGUGUCUUAUAUAAAUACAGUCCUCCACGAAAGUAGCGGAAGAAGUGAUGUGGCCGCUGCCUUGUCUAAUGUCAGACUCACUUCGGAGCUUCUGCCCCACGUUGACGGCGUCACAUCCUUUUCCACGGGUCCCCUGUGGGGUAACUGCAGCUUCGAGCCCCGAACGCUGAGCCGUAUCCUUGGCUUGAUUCCAUUCCUGCGCGAAGCCGACAUCGGCAUGGGUAAGAUGCUCUGGAACAAUACUAGCGCUGACGAGUUGAUCGCACUGAGGAACACGAUAUGGCGUUGGCCACGAUCCAUGGAGUCGCUGAACAUUCACCACAUGCUCCGGGUAUCCAAUCAACUGGAGAACGUGGACAAUGACAGUCAAGAAACGAGAGAAUUGGGAUUUGGUCUUCGACAGUUCGCCUCCCGGACUCUCCGAGACCUCAGAGUUGUCAACUUUCUCACCGUUCAGUCUUUUAUGGGAAAUCUCUGGCCGGGAGACGAGUGUCCCGUUAAGAUCAUGGCCCCCCCCGAGUCGCUGAACGGUCUAGACAUGAAGAAUCAGCGGCUUAAGACAUUGUAUUUUGAGACUUGGACUAUGUCCCGCGACCGGAUCUUGCAUUAUCUCAGACCGGAGAAUGAGGAAGAACUGGCUCUCUAUUGCCAGUGCAUAAUGCUGAGUGCCGCACGACUCGCCACGACGAUGCCACAGUUGAACAAGAUGACCAUUAUUCAGCAUCUACCCCGGAAGAAAUAUUUCGAGGUAUCGUACGAACUCAGUCCAUUAGGCCCUGUAUUGAGGUGGUCCGGCACGGAGCCGUUCGUCCUAUGGCGCCAGACUCUCCAGGCAUGGACUCGAGUGGCCGAGAAACAUACAGAGAGCCCCCUAAGGACAUCCUAUGGAAUCGACAUCCAUGACGUGCCCGUCGCGGACGCACCUCUAUCGCUGCCGUAUACUGUGGGCAUAAAUUUGUGA